CUUCGCUUAAAGCUUUUGGAACCAAAACGCUUCGGAGCGCCUCGCGCUUUUUUAAACCAAGGAACCCACAUUUUGAAAAUAUCGUAAUGCAACAAAUUUAGUUAUUUUGUUUUUCUAUUAUGCUGCAAUAGUGUCAAUUACAAUGUAAGGGCUAAAAUGAAAUGAUUAAAAGUAGUGUAUCAGUUUUUACUCGCUUCAUUUCGAUAUAAAUGCAACUUCUGAGUGGCAUGAAAGGUUGUCUAUUAUUUGAUAUCUAUUAUUUGAUAUCUAAAUACCCCUAUCAUAUUGCAAUGAAAAAGAACUUCUUAUUAAAAAACCCUAAACAGUGAUUUCUUAUCCAAGUCUGGAUUUUAGACCUUUGAAAAGGCUAUAUUCCAGCAUUUAUUUUAUGACGCAGUACACAUUUCAUUGCUAUGUGCUUCUGCUUAAUGCUUUUUUUCUACGUCUUAAUUAAGUCCAUUUGAAUCGCCUAGCAUUUUAUUCACCUGGUAGAUGAACAGAUCUUAAUGAUUUGAAGAUACAUGCUUUAAAAUUAAAAUUACUCACAUAUAUAUACUUAUGAGUAAUGUGCUGAUCGUGGGUGGGUUUGUCUGAAUUGAAUCUUUUAGUUGAUCACCCAAAUGGUACCAAGUCUAAAACUAAUUGUACCUGUAUUUUUGUUUUAACUGUUACUAACCAAAAAGAUACCAUUUCAUAAACAAAUUCGGACAAGAAAGCAAAGCACCCAACGUAACCAAGAGAUGUAAGAAGACAUCUAACAACUUUUCGAAAACUGCAUAACGUUUAGGAAUGCUAUGACCACCUUUUGGAAAACUACAAAGCCUAUGCCUCUGGUGUAUGUGUAUAAUAGGAAGACCAACAAAGGGCUUUUGCUUAUAGGAAUGCAAGUCCUGGCUCUUAUGGGGAAAACAAGAUGACCUUUUGUGACAAUUUUUGUGCCAAUAUAACCCCUGUCAACAUAAAACAUGAAGUUUGUAGCAGUCUCAAGACUGUUGCCGGCUAUAAACAACUUAAGUGACGCUGCCGCAACGCGUGGCAUAUAGCAACAACCUAGCUAUAUAUCAAAAGGGUAUGUCGGUGGUAUUUCCACCACCAACCCAUCAACUUUUGGGUUUCUUUUUUUUUCUCUUUUUUUUUUUUUUUUUUUUUUGAAAUUUAUGGUUUUGGCCCUUAUGCUUUGUGUGUUGUUGGGGGGGGGGGGGGUUAUUGCACGGACCUCCCGGCCGCUGGAGUGAUCCCACUCCACAAGCUAGCAACGUCCCAAUGCUGCCUGGCGGUGAAUACCCCAUCCCGAGCUGAGUCCGUUUCCCUCUGGGAAGAAGGUGGCAGAAUACCCCCUGCUUUGUGUGUUGUUUCUUAAAUACUAACUCCUUUUUGCAAUUUACGGUUUUAGGAGUGGAGUGGCGAGUUGCUUUAGAGGGCAAGGGCCUAAGGAGUGGCGAGGCGAGUAGCCUUAGAGGGCAAGGGCCUACGGAUUAGUCGAUCUAAGACUGAGUAUCUACACUGUGAUUUCAGUGGUAUAGCUGAUGACGAUGACACCCAAAUCACCAUUGAGGAUCAACUGGUCCCGCAGGUAACUAGAUUUAAGUAUCUGGGGUCGUUUGUACAAAGAGAUGGUGACAUAGAUAGUGAUGUAACCCAUCGCAUACAGGCUGGCUGGUGUAGAUGGAGGGCAGCCAGUGGGGUAUUGUGCGAUAGGAGGUUCCCAACUAAAUUAAAGGGGAAAUUUUACAGGGUAGUAGUCAGGCCCGCUAUGCUAUAUGGAACAGACUGUUGGGCUAUCAAGAAGACACAAGCGCGCAAGAUGGAGGUAGCAGAGAUGAGGAUGCUGUGGUGGAUGUGUGGACACACGAGGUUAGAUCGGAUAAGAAAUAAGGUUUUUAGGGAAAGAUUAGGAGUGGCUAGUAUAUCAGAGAAGAUUAAGGAGGGGAGAUUGAGAUGGUUUGGGCAUGUGAAGUGGAGGGAAAUGACGGCACCGGUUAGAGUAGUGGAAACUCUUACUGUCGAGGGGAGGAGAGGAAGAGGCAGACCCAAACUGACAUGGGAUGAGCAGAUUAGGCAUGAUUUAGUAGAGUUACAUCUUUCUGAGGACAUGGUCCAAGAUAGGGCUUCGUGGAGGCGUAGGAUUAGGGUUAAAGACUUCUAGGAGAUAUUGCAGUAAGGUCUUAGGUGUAUUUUAAGGAGGUAGGUUUUUCUUACUCUUUAAGGGACUUUUCCGGUGAUUGCCUUCUUGUGUUUAUGCCCAAAUGAUGUAUGCAUGCUAUUAUACAUGAUUUACAUUAUAUUGUGUCACUCGGAUCAAUUUUUUGGUAUGGAGGACUUCUUAUUUCUAUAUUCUUUGACUUGAUGUGCUGGUUUGUUGGUUUGUUGUUCGUUUUCGAGCCGAGGGUCUCUCUGGAAGCAGCCUUUCUAUCCCUAUGGAUAGAGGCAAGGUCUGUCUACAUCCCACCCUCCCCAGACCCUAUAAGUAGCUUUGCUAUUUGUGGGAUUUACUGGGUAUGGUUGUUGUUGUUGUUGUUGUUUGUAGUCAAGUUUUAAACUUCCUAUUUUACCCCUUGCACUAUUACUUCAUUGUCAUCGUGACCAACCGCUUAAGUUUUAGACUUUGCGUUUUUUAUGCUUUGCACUAUUACUCCCUUUUACACCUUCUCAACUUUGAAAAUUUCAAUGUACCCGCGCCGUAAAACGCGCGGGUCUAAUUACUAGUUAUAUUUAAAAAACUCGUAAACACACAGAUAUAACUAUUUCAAGAAUACACGUAGAAAAAGCAAUAUAUUAUAUUUAAAAAACUCGUAUACACACAGAUAUAACUAUUUCAAGAAUACACGUAGAGCUAGAUUUUUAAUACAAACCAAUCUUUAUUACACAACAAUUUGAUUCCUUUGUACCGAACUAAUAACCUGUUAUAUUUUUCAAAUGUAUUUUUAAUAUAUUUACGUAUAGAGGUCGGCUUUGUGUACCAAAAGGGAUUUUUUGUUCUAAUCACCGACCAGGCACUAAUUUACUUUUUAAAAAUGCUGUAUUAACAUGUAUUGUUCGGUUUCUUACUAUGAUUCGUUCUCUACUUGUGGACUCGACGUGGAAUCAAAUACAAUAUAUAUAUAUAUAUACAUACACACACAUCUCUAUCUCUAAUAAAAGAACUAGGUUCUUCCACUUGGCACCCCCACAUUCCCCCUAAACACAUGUCAGCCCCUCCUUCAAUUUACUACCGUGUUCAACAAUUAAGGUGUCCACGUCUACACGCUGCUGAAACGGGUUUUUUGUUUCAUUUUCGAACAAACCCUAAUACUUCCCCACAGCCGCUCCGAUUCCUUCUUCUCUCCUCAACACUCGCGCAACCAUUCUUCUUCUCCAUCACUCAUCCAUGGUUCCGGAUCUUAACCACGCAAUUAACAGGGUUUAUUCUUCCAUUGUUCAUCUCCAUCAUUCAUCUCCAUCAUUCAUCCAUGGUUGAAGAUCUUAACCACGCGAUUAACAUAUCUGAACCACCCAUUGAUCAUAUUACGGUUUGUUCAAGCUAUCCGUACCGGCGGCUGUUUUCAUUUUCCCAAUUUUGCAUCCUUUUCUGUCUCAGGCGUUUGUUGAGUUGAUUUUGUUAGUGAUUAUUGUAGAUCUGAAUCACGCGUAUUACAGGGUUUAUUCUAAGAUUCGAAGUCAAACAACUUGGUCGGCUUCAUGUGAUUGACACUUCUUUGCACGAUUGUUGGAAAUCCAUAAUCAGAUAAGUCGAAUUAAGAAUUCUAAUUUUUAAAUGUUAAUUGGAAAUCUUAAUAACCAGUUUAUACAUAAUUGACGAAUCCUAACUCGGUAGUUGAAUACUGAAAGUAAUUGUUUGGCUUGAUAUUUCUAAUGUUGAACUAAUUUCACUAACAUUGGGGUUUCUUUUUACCGUUAUGGAUUUGGAAAACCAAUUAUUUAGAAUCUGAAUAUGAUUUGAUAUUUGAUAAUCAAAUAUUGUGUUAAAUGUCCAAUUUGUGUUCUAGAUGUUUGCAAGAAAUAAUGUCACCUCUGUUUUUAGCAUGAUAUUAGUUUUUGUUUUUAAGAAGGGAUAACAUGUUUCUUUCAGUUCAUAUCAGAUACAUAAUAGAGUUUUGAUUUUCAACAACUGUUUUUUGUUGUAGGUGAUACAAAUAAGUUUCUAUGGAAUCAUCAGUUUUCAGCAUUGGAUGGAUGCAUACCUGAAUCCGAAAUCUCACUCAGCUGAGUUUGAAAGGGUCCAAAGAACUCUCCUUCUUCCAUUUCAUCUGUGAAGCAAAUUAGUGAACUAAUGGAGCACGGUAACAUCACCUAUUUGAAGGAUUUGGAUUUGGCUAGGCGUGAUUACACUGUGAAGGUUCGUGUACUCCGUUUAUGGAAGCAACCCAUGUAUAACAAUCCAGAGCAGUUUUACUCAAUCGAAAUGAUCGUUGUUGAUAAGAGGCAACCACCAUGCAAGCCAAUGAAGAUGGUUUCCCAAAUUUGAACAUCUUUUGAAUGAAUCGGAUUGCUAUUUCAUUGUCAAACCCACUAUUGGGUUAAAUGAGUCCAAGUACAAGUAUGUGGACAACAAAAACAAGCUGGGAAUCUACUGUGAUACCGAUGUAUACCUAUGUAAGGAUUUCAAUGGUCCCAUCUAUGGCUUCUCAUUCACAUCCUUUAAGGAUAUCAUCGACAAAACUGUUCCUGAAAACAAAUCUAUAGAUGUUAUUGGUUUUGUUGCUGAUGUUAAAGACCUUAAGAAGUUUAAGACAGCAAGGGGUAAAGACACCAAGAAACUUAAUGUCAUCAUUCAAGAUCUAGAGAUGGAUUCAAUAUACCUGUCUUUGUGGGAUUCUUAUACUGAUCGGAUUUUAGAGCACUGGGAAAACAGCGAACAACAUGGUGUUAUUGUUUUCAUUCUGCAGUUUGCUACACUGAAGUACUUUGGUCGUUUUGGUUAUGUUAACAGCUGUUUCAAUGUUUCAAAGCUUUUCAUCAAUUCUGAUGUUGAUGAAAUGACUUCUUUUCGUAACAGGCUUAUUACAAACUCUGCUGCUUCUUCAUGUUCGAGUCAAUCUUUUCGGCUUUCUGGAAUAUUUUUAUCAUUGUAUGAUGAGUAUGUUGUUAGAUCUGAAUUCAACAACAUAGCUGAAGUAAAUCUCAAUCAGGCCAAGCCUGUUGUUGUUGUUGGUACUGUUCAAAUGAUAUCCGAAGAUUUGCCAUGGUAUUAUUUUGCUUGUAAAGCUUGUAACAAGAAGGUUUUCCAAAAAGUUAAUAAUGAUACACCUACGGUUGGUGUCUUGGUUGAUGAAGAAGAGGUUUAUGAGUGCAAAACGGCAACUUGCAAGGACACUGUGAUUCAAUAUACUCAAAGGCUUAAAAUUCCAUUGACUGUUAAAGAUUCAAGUGGAACUGUGUCAUUGACAUUGUUUGACAGAGAUGCUUGCCGAAUUCUAAAAACAAUUGCAGCUAACUUAAUUGAGAAACAUGUUGCUGGUGGUGAUAAGGUUCUCUAUCCUGACGAGUUUGAAGCUCUUUUGGGGAAAAAAAUUGCAUUUAAGAUUGAUAUAAGUGAGUUCAACAUUGAAAACAACUUUUGGUUUUUUGGUGUUUCUAAAUUGACUGAUGAUGAGGAUAUCAUAUUUGAGCUUGAGAAGAAAGCAAACAACAUUGAGGUGGAAAAGUCCGCUUCUUUGAACAACAGGUUCACUGAUAUGGAUUCAGAAGAUACUGUUAACCUGAAUGAUGAUAACUCCACUGAUGUUAUUAUGGAGUCACUGUUGGUACCAAAUCAAACGAAGACGUCAAAUCGAAGGUAUGUAAAAUUAAUUAUAUACUUUUAAUUUUUUACAAUUUAAUUUAUAUAAUUAAGACCAAUUUUCAGUAUUUUUGUUGACACCAAUUUUGUAUAUCAUUUUUAUAUUGCUACUGAGUCCAUGGAUGAUAAUGUCAUCAACCCUUUGGUCAAAAAUUUGGAUGACACUGCCAUGGCAAGUAAGCCAUUUGGUGAGCCUGUGAUCUUUACGAGGAAAACCAAAAAACCUGCUUUCAAGAAAAACUUGGUUGAGAGUUAUGAUGUUGAUGAAAAUGGAGAAAUGUCAACCACCAAACCAGUUAAACCUGGGAAACCAACUCUCCUAAUUCCGAAAAUUGAAAAAUGAAGACUUUACCGUCUUUAUGUUCUAAGUGUUGUUUUCCUAUGUUAUUUUAGUGUGUUUUAACUUAUGUUUAUCGUUUAAGAACUACUUCAAAAGCUUGGGAUCAUUCCAGCUUUUAUGUUUAAGAAGUUUAAUUUCCUUUUGUUGUACUGAAUGGUUCAAGACAAUAUUCCAAAGCAACUAUUAUGUUUUGGUUUUU